UAUUAUUUAAACAAAAUAAGUAAAUAAACUUAUUUUGAUACUCCGAUAACGAGGACUAUAAAAGUCUCUAAUGUCCAUGGUCUCCUUACAAUGACCGUUUUCUCUUGAAGAUCAUUAAGCAUUUUAUUUAUUCCGUAUCAGUGUCACGCGACUAAUAAGAUGCGAGCUCACGUAUUACUUUUCGCCUCCAUUGGGGUAUUGGCUAGUUUGAUGUGUGCCAAUGCUGACUGGAGUAAUCAAAAUUGGUCAUUAAGUAACGAUGACAUCGGCAGAGUCCACCGUACAUGGGGUUUGAUGCGUCGUCAUCCUAUUAACUUUGGAUCAUUAUUUUACUCAAGACUGUUCCAGCUCCACCCAGAAUACAGAACUUGGUUCGGUAAUUUCAGAGAUAUCUCACAUGAUCAAUUACUCCGUAAUCAAAACUUUUUGAAUUUGGGAUCUAGAGUCUCUAAUGUCCUCGAUAAUGUUUUCUGGUCAUUGCAUGACGUUUCAGCUAAUCGAUUAAAUCUUAAUCGAGUAUGGCCAUGCCCAUAUGCAAGAAACGGAGGAUGGAGACGAAACGAUAUGGCCUUGACCCAAAAUGUUUUCCUCGAUGUUAUGCGUCACAACAUUCCCAAUUGGGGACAAGCAGAUAACCUUGCCUGGAACAGAGCCUGGAACGCAAUCUGGCGUAACUUAUCUAUGCGUGCCUAAAAUUAAACAUGCUCGCAAUUGCAAGAUCACAAAAAGUGAUCGGUUCUCUGGAAAAAAUUUACAAGUGUACUUUUAAUAUUCGCAUUUUAUUUUAAAUGCUCCUACAGUAAUUAACAUGUGUUUUAUACAAGUUAAGAAAUUAUUUUAGUGUACACAGAUGUUUUUUAAUAAUUUAAGAGUACAGAGAAUAAAAACCCAAUCCAAAAUAAA